AAACUAAAAGCAAUGUCUAAUCUUCCUCAUGAUAUCUUAAUCGACAUUCUUUCAAGAUUACCUGCAAAGUCUUUAGGCCAGUUCAAAUCAGUAUCCAAGCAUUGGUCCUCUUUAAUAUCAUCUCCGAGUUUUAUCAAACUACAUCAUCGUCGUGCCCUCUCGGAUACCAACACUAAUCAUUCGCGAGUGUUAAUCAUGUCAACUCAUUCGUUGCACUCGGUCAACUAUGAAUCACCAUCAUGUUAUGAAGGCAUUGACGACGACGAUGAUAAUAAUAAUAAUAAUUCAAAUGCCAUGAUCAGUUUAAAAGAUCCUUUAGAAAAAGAAUCAGUUGGUGAAAAGGCAUUAGGCUCUUGCUAUGGUUUGGUUUUCUUUGUUUGUUAUAAUGAUGUUAUCCUCUUGUGGAACCCAACUACUCAAAAGACUCGUUUAAUACCGGACCCAAUAACACCAUUCUCCAACGCCACUCGCUUUUAUGGGCUCGGGUAUGAUUUUUCCAUCGACGAUUACAAGAUGGUUAGAGCGUCGCGCUCCAUUUCUAGCGAUACUAUCACUUCUCAAGUUUUCAGUCUUAAAACCGGAUCGUGGAGAACGAUCCAAACCGCCCACAUGAACAUCAACGAUCCUGAUGAAAUUGGGUCGUUUUCCAACGGCGCAAUUCAUUGGAUAGUAAGGCAUAAUGGCGGUUUGAACAAUAGUGAAACUAUUCUUUCGUUCAACGUAAAGGGCGAGCGUUUUCUUGAAAUUCGCUUACCAAAUAGUGGCGAAUUCGAAAAUGAGCAAAGUGGAUUUUGGAGUGUGGGAGAUUUGAAAGGUUGUUUAUAUGUAGUUUAUGGUGGAGAUGGUGUAGAUAUGGAUGUGUGGGUGAUGAAAGAAUAUGGUGUUAAAAGGUCAUGGAGUAAGGUGAUUAAACUAGAUUGGAUUAGAUUUCCAUGUGAUUAUGGAAUGAUGCCGGUGUGUUUUACACAUGGAGAUGAUGUUGUGAUUGAUUUGGAUUCAUGGGACCUGGUGAGAUUUAAUAUAAAAGAAAAUACUUAUAAAAGAUUCAAGAAAUGUAGUACGGAUUGGCAUUUUUGGGUCGUGUAUACCGAGACUUUGGUAUCACCUUAUGGUUAGCGACUAUGCAGUUGCGGACUCAGGACUUAUUUUCUGAGGGCAAACGAAGUGCUUAACCAAACAUUUAAGAAGAGCGAUCAGAAAUUUUUACCUAUAAAAUAAACUAUUUUUAUGAGGGGCGGGCCGCACUGUCAACCCAUAAGUAAGUCUGCCAAUGGUUUCAUGAAUAUCCAUUUGAUAUUACAUUAUUACUAGAUCUUCAUGGAUUUUCUUAGAAGUUUUGUGGGUACCUUCACACGUUGACCGACCAAAAUUUU